AUGGGAGCGACCAUGACCAAUUUGAUCCAACUGGCCGUGGGAAUGCUGGACUUGGGCGAGCUGAAGAACCUGGCCGAGGAGAGUCCAUUUCUCCUUCUCAUUGUCUCAGCGUUCAUGCUGCUCAUCUACAGCUUCUUCUUUAACCUCCUUGUUUCGCAGUUCUGUGGCGUCUAUGCUUCCCUGGCCCAAGACAGUGAAGGUCAUGCCAGGCUUUCUCGCGGAGAAGUGAUCCUGGACACCCUGAAGGCGAUCCAGCGGAGCCGCUGGAGGGCCUUCGUGGCCUCCUUGCAGCUGGAUGAACGGACGGAUUUCGAUGAAGGUGAUAUCGGCCUUCCCGGAGGCGUCAAAGUCUUUGAGCCGGCGGGCGCCAAUCCCAAGACCCAGGACCAGAUCAUCCGCUUCGGAGGGCACACGGAUCCCUCCUUGCCAUGGCCGGAUAAGGAGCAUGAUGCGGAUUCCGACAAUCAAGAUGCGAAUCUUGGACAAGGAAGAUUCAGAGAACCUUGGGGAAGUACUUCAAGGGGAAAGGCACCGACAGUGACUUCACGCUGA